CCUUACUAAUGCAAACAUACCGCGCCGUAUCUUCAGAAAACUCGAGCUCGUUGUCAGCAAGGCAUACCGGUAGCACCCAAGUUCACUUCCGAAUCAAGAGAAUCUUCGAAGACAUUCUUGCACCUAGCGUUGUGCUCAUUCCAGAAUUGCAUACGACGCUGCCAGAAAGAGGUCUUCUUUCAAUAUGCCAACGGUCGCGAUCAACUCGAAAGGCCUGUCUAAGAGCUACAGCGAAGACGAGAAGAAGAAUGCCCUGAAAAAACAGCAGAGGGACAGUGAUGUCAUCGCCGAGUACAAACUCAAGGACGACGGCUACAAGUCGCGCAUCGUCACUCCCCGCCGCUCCGUCUUCGAUCUGCGCAGCAAGGAAAUGCGUACCGAAGGAGAGAAAAAACAGGGGCGUCUCUACUCUACGAAGAAGUCGAAGGACGUCGGGGGCCUCCGGGUCGACGAAAUGAUUUACGGUGUUAAAAUGGCCCACUUGUCGUGCACCGACGACAGCGAGAUGCGCCUCAACAACCCCAAAGCCAGUGCGAAUUCCCUCAUGGCCUUGGAACACCUGGUCGGGGGAGACGAUCCGAAAACUACCAUCGGGCUUCCGCUCUCUCAGAUUCUAGAGGAGAACUUUGGGCUCAAGCUGGAUUGUCACAUCGACGAGUCGGGCAUUCGAAAGGGCCGGCCUGUCGAUACCCAGGGGUUUAUUGCUUCCAACGAGGACACGAUCGUCCUCUCGUACCGGUUCACCACGACGAUCAUGGACUGGAUGGCCAACCUUACCUUUUUUAGUUCCGAGUGGGAACCCGUUGAGGACGAAGCCCUGGGCCAUGCCGGCUGGUGCUCGUCUACCAAAGGAUGGUUUACCAAGUUUUGCCGUCCGAACAAGGCAAAGCCGCGGGUCCACACGGCCUAUUACAACAAUUUUAUCUACGUAAGUCGUCAGAGGUCGUUAAAAACCAAAUUCCGUAGGAGCAGAAUGCGAGCACGAAUGCGAAUGUGGCACCGAACUUUCGUUCCCGUGUCCGUAUGGAUCGGGUCCGAUUGCAUUCGAGUCUACUCAAUCCUACCUUGACACGGGGCAGGCCAGCCCAAAGAAUUCUGCUCUACUCGACUCUACUCGACUCUCUGGCAGGGUUUGACUCACGUAAAUUUCUUCAUUCUCCUGCCCGAUUCGUUCUUAUGUUCUGUACAUCGAUCAAUAAUGGCCAUCGUGCCCCCAUCCAAUGCGUACCGAUUUGUUCUGCAACAGACGAUACCCAUGAUCAAAAAGUACAUCAUCGAACCGCUGAAAAAAGAGAACGCGAAGCCCAAAAAGAUCUACGUGGUGGGGUGCUCCCUCGGUGCGGCCAUCUCGCAGAUUGCCUUUUGCUAUAUACUGGAGCAGCUCUACGAAAACCUCAUGGACCCGGAGUUCAAGAACGUGGAACGGCUCGUGUCCGUGACGGCGGGCUGCCCGCGCGUCGGUGACAGAAAAUUCCGGAACGUCAUGAUGAAGAAGAUGGAAGCCCUCCGCAAGGCCGGCCUGGACAGGGCCGUGAUCAACCGUCUGGUAUACAACAAGGACAUCGUCCCGCACGCUCCACCCAACGUCAUUGCGUUUUGCCAUCUCGGAAAGCUCGUCUACAUCACCAGAGGAGGGGAGCACGUGAUCAUCAAUCCCGACAUAUCCAAGCAAUUUACAAAGUACAACGAAAUCAAGGUCAUCUACCGGACCGUCUUUGAGGUCAAAAAGGAAGAAGUGAAGGAAAAAAAAGAAGAAAUCAAGCAAAAUAUUCGCGACCGGCAGACCGUGGUCGCCGGAAAGGCCAAGGACAAGCUCCAGAGUGUCCACACCAAGAUGCACAUGUCCGUAGAAAGUGGUACCAAGAAUGUUGAGGGCGACGACGCCGAGAGCGGCACCGCUACCGCGACCAAACACACCAUACCUCUCACCAAAAGCAAGCUCGAGCUGGAUGCCGAGGCCGCCACGGAGGCAGCAGCUGCGGAGGGGAAAGAGAAAUCGACCAAAGAAGCGUUCGAGGAAGAAUGCAAAGGCGCUAUGGAAGGGAUCCAUGACCACAUGCCCUAUUGGUAUUUGACCCACCUCGAAAAGCUCCGAGACGAAGAAAACGCAAAGAACGGAGGCGCGGAAGCGGACGCGGAAAAUUUGGAUGAAGAACUAAGUUGUUGAACGAAAACUAGCAAAAAGGAAAGGAACACAGGGGGAGAAAGGAUGCAAAACAGGCAACAUGGAAAAUGAAUCAAUCCAUUUGUU